CGCUCUUCCAUCACUUCUUGUCACCUGCGACCCAGGCAGAAUGACACGAAUGGAAAAUUUUGGUGAGUCUGAGCUUCGGUCUCAGCUCCGAGCAUCCAGGACGGAAAUCGCGAUGGCCAUUAACGACCCUUUUCCACUGUUGUAUGGUUUGGCAGAUCAUGACAUCAUCUCUGAUCAUCUUCUCGGGGAAACUAUAGAGAGAAAGGAAAAAGAUGGGAUCCAUAAGGCGAUGUAUUCCCUCCUAACGUGGCUGCUGGAGCAGGACUCCCCUGUCCUUCAGGCCUUCUGGAACAAUCUGUCCAAAGAGUACAAUAAGGAAAGUUACCCAAAACUACAAAACCUCUUCGCUAGUUUACCUAAAGGUCUGAGUUUGGAAAGCAGGUCUAUUAGAAGUCCCAGGCCUGAGCUGCAGAGUCAGACUCAUCUCAGCAGGAAGAGGGGAGUCGGCGAGAAACAGCUGGCACUUCGAGCUCAGAAUUAUGGCAAGAAAGCUCUGCACAUCCGCUCAGGAGGUAAAGGAAAGCCCCUGAGGAAGACAGACAGCACGUCUGUUUCUCAGCUUUCAGUAAACAAAGGCGUGCAGUCGGUGUCCACCUCCGUCCAGCACGCUCUCACUCUGGCUGCUGGAGAACUUCCUGUGGAGGAGAUUCUCAUCCAGCAAGUUAUCGAGAGUGGAGGAGCCAAGAAGUGCAUCACGGUCGGGGGAGAGUUCUAUUCCUCCUCUACGCUCGAGGAGACAGCGAGUGGUCAUGUGACCCAGACGGGACAAAGUCACAGUCACCAGCAGGGGGAGACACACGCCCAAGGGAUGGAUGUGGAGCGUAAUGAUGAUGAGUGUACCGUGUGUAAGGAUGGUGGUGAGCUGAUCUGCUGUGAUGGAUGUCCGCGAGCCUUUCAUCUCACCUGCCUGGUGCCUCCUCUCACAUCCAUACCCAGCGGCUCUUGGCGCUGUGGGUUGUGUAACGGCAGCAGAUCGAUGGCUGACUCGACGUACACUUCUCUGCAGGAUCCUCCUCCUCCUCCUCCUCCUCCUCCUCCUGUAAGCGAGAGCAGCUCCAACUCUACAGUGGAUUUCUCCUUCUUCUCCUCCACGCUCACGAGCAGCAUGAACACACAGCCUGCAGCCUUCCAGACCUCGGACUCGGAGCUGGUGGGCAUCAGGAAGUGGUGUGGGAUUUGCCACCUGAGCCGAGGAGAGCUGCUCGUCUGCCCCGAGUGCCUGCAGAGCUUCCACACACACUGCAACUUCCCCAAUGGGAGAGCGAGAUGCAGGACGUGUUUGAGGUCUUGGGUGUCAACAGAGACGGAGGCAGCAUCCAGAGCUGUGCAGGUGGCUCAGCGGUCUACGGAUCAGGGAUCAGCUCAUUCCGAACAGCAGAUUCUAAACAAAGAUGAGCUGGACUCGUAUAUGGGGGAGACGUCUAUCGAUGGGAUCCUGCAGUGGGCUUUUCACAACAUUUCUCGUCCUCUCUCCGAGUCUCAGGGCUACUUCCAGUGA